CCCGCGUGCCUUUCCAUUGUUUACAACGGUCCUUCUCUUGUGCACCCCGACAGCGUUGCGACUGAUCUCAUUGAUUUGGUCCGUACAGUACAUUCCGGUUGAAUACCAUACGAUUGAUUUGUUUAUCUGGCUGUCCCGCUAGCGAGAUUUUCGGGACCUCGACAGAGAGCGACCGUUCUGCCUUCGGGCUGAGACUGUCUCGGCGACUCUUGUGAGGAAUCAGAGCAACGGUAGACUCAAUCGCAGACAUGAAUCCCAACCAGUCGCGCAUCUAUCCUCCGGCGCCCAACUACGAAGACGAACCGCCGGCCUAUGGAUACGGAGAAACGACCUCGUUCCUUUCAGACAACGAGUCACCGCGCCACAAUGGAACAACGAUGCGACUGCUUCCGACGAGUGGUGAUAUAGACAGUACGCUGCAUAGUGGCGGAGGUGCAACGUACCAGUACGGACAGACUUAUGAGGAUGAUGCUCGACCAGAAUACGCAGAGCAAUAUUCUACUCGAUACCAUGAAUAUGACCCGCCCGAAUCCCCCUCACGGCCCGUUUCGAGUAUGCGAAAUGCUCCAAACAUCCCUCCUCCUGCCGCAUCAAUGGUAGAUAUCCCUCACUACUCGUCUCGACCAGGCUCUCCCAUGCGACCUUGGUCCCCAACCCGCGCCGCGGACUGGACUCGACCUGCUGGACCGCCGUCUGUCACUGGAUCUCAUUACGAACGCGCAGAUAUCAAUGGCAGUCCCCGACCAGGCACCCCGAGCUCGAGAUAUGGCGGCAGCCCUCGACGACCAUUACCACCGGCACCACUGUUUUCUAAAACGGGAUCGGUGUCAGGUGGUCAGGAUGCGAGUAUCGAUAUUGGUGACGGUGUUGAUCCCGACGAUGUUUUCGGUGGUGGUGGGAGAACGGUAGAGCCACACCACAACCACACGGCGAGUGUUCGAUCGUUCAUGAGCGAAUCCACUGUGAUCACGGACGAGAAGGACGCGAUGACGAAGGUUGACCUGGAUGACGACGACGAAGCAAGUGAGAUGGUCGACCCCAAUCUACACUAUGGUCCCGCGCCCGAGAAGCAGAGCCGUCGCGGUGUUCGAGACGCUCAGAUGGUCAAGAAGGAAGUCCAGCUGAUCAAUGGUGAGCUGAUCCUGGAGUGUAAGAUUCCGACUAUCUUGCACAGCUUUUUGCCCCGGCGAGACGACCGAGAGUUCACGCACAUGCGAUACACUGCAGUGACCUGUGACCCGGACGACUUCACCCAGAAAGGCUACAAGUUGCGCCAGGAGAUCGGCAGUACCGCGCGUGAAACGGAGCUGCUGAUUUGUGUCACCAUGUACAACGAGGACGAGAUCUGUUUUACUCGGACCAUGCAUGGUAUUAUGCGGAACAUCAGCCAUCUUUGCUCCCGUUCCAAAUCGCGAACCUGGGGCAAAGACGGAUGGAAGAAGAUCGUGGUCUGCGUGAUUGCGGAUGGCCGGAAAAAGGUGCAUCCCAGAACUUUGAACGCUUUGGCAGCGCUGGGUGUCUACCAAGAAGGUAUUGCCAAGAACAUUGUGAACCAGAAGCAGGUGAAUGCUCACAUGUACGAAUACACCACUCAGGUAUCGUUGGAUGCAGACCUGAAGUUCAAGGGUGCAGAAAAGGGUAUCGUGCCGUGCCAGGUUAUCUUCUGCUUGAAGGAACAUAACAAAAAGAAACUCAACUCCCACCGGUGGUUCUUCAAUGCUGUUGGCCGAGCGCUCCAGCCGAAUAUCUGUGUUCUUCUCGACGUCGGUACAAAGCCCGAUCCCACUGCAUUGUACCACCUGUGGAAAGCCUUCGAUCAGGAUUCCAACGUUGCCGGAGCGGCUGGUGAGAUCAAGGCAGGCAAGGGUAAAGGCAUGCUUGGCCUUUUGAACCCCCUGGUUGCCAGUCAGAACUUCGAGUAUAAGAUGUCCAACAUUUUGGAUAAGCCUUUGGAGUCGGUCUUUGGUUAUAUCACCGUGCUUCCCGGAGCCCUCAGUGCGUACCGUUUCUUCGCGCUGCAGAACGAUGCGGAAGGCAACGGGCCGUUGAACCAAUACUUCAAGGGUGAAACGCUACAUGGACAGGAUGCAGAUGUCUUCACAGCCAACAUGUACCUGGCGGAGGAUCGAAUUCUCUGUUGGGAACUGGUGGCUAAGCGCGACGAAAGAUGGGUCCUGAGAUUCGUGAAGAGUGCCGUUGGCGAGACCGAUGUACCAGACACUAUUCCCGAGUUUAUUUCUCAGCGGAGACGUUGGCUGAACGGUGCUUUCUUCGCCGCGGUCUAUUCCAUCGUCAACGGAAAGCAGCUGUGGAAGACGGACCACUCGUUGCCCCGCAAGAUCCUGCUUCAAAUCGAGUCCGUUUAUCAGUUCCUCCAGCUUCUUUUUACGUAUUUCGGAUUGGCAAACUUCUAUUUGGCUUUCUACUUCAUUGCCGGAUCGCUGUCCGAUGAGAAGAUUGAUCCAUUUGGCCACAACAUGGGCAAAUACAUAUUCAUCGUCCUUCGAUAUGCUUGCGUCGUGGUUAUGUGUCUACAGUUCAUUAUCUCCAUGGGUAAUCGACCUCAGGGGGCCAAAAAACUGUAUCUCUCCGGCAUUAUUGUCUAUUGCGUGAUCAUGAUCUAUACCGCAUUUUGUGCGCUGUACCUGAUCGUGUUGGAGCUCAUGUCAAAAUUCGGAGCAGAUGUGGAUCUAGAAGUCAGCGACGGACUAAUGGUGAACAUUGUGAUUUCAAUGCUUUCGACCAUUGGUCUCUACUUCUUUAGUUCCUUUCUCUAUCUCGAUCCAUGGCAUAUGUUCACCUCCUCGGCCCAGUAUUUCGCUCUCAUGCCAAGUUACGUGUGCACCCUGCAGAUCUACGCCUUCUGUAAUACUCACGACGUGACCUGGGGUACAAAGGGUGACAACGUCGUAAACACGGAUCUGGGAACUGCGAAAAUCAUCAACGGUUCUAUCGUCGAGGUUGAGAUGCCGUCGGAGCAGCUCGACAUUGACAGCGGAUACGAUGCUGCAUUGCGAAACCUUCGUGAUCGCCUCGAAGUUCCCGAGCCCCCGACGCCGGAAAGCCAACUGCAGGAAGACUACUACCGCGCCGUGCGAACAUACAUGGUGUCCAUCUGGAUGAUCGCGAACCUCAUCUUGGCGAUGGCCGUCUCGGAGGUCUACGGCGUCGAUUCUGGCGGCACCAAUGUCUACCUGGCCAUCAUCCUCUGGUCCGUCGCCGUAUUGGCUCUGUUCCGUGUGAUUGGAUCCACGACCUAUGCGAUCCUUUUCGUGGUGCAGAAGAUUGUCGAGGGUAAGACCAAGUUUGAAGCCGGUAAUAUCGCUUCUGCCCACGCCAGUGCCAGCGCCAACUCCAGUGCCGUGGGCAGCAAUACAAACUAUGGCGGAGGCGGAAAUGUUCGCGACAAGUUCACUGAAGCUAGGUGGGCCAUGAAGCGAGGAAUGGGUAAAGCUAUGUUCUGGAAGAAAUAAGUUCUUUGCAUCUCUCCUCCUCUUGGGCCCCCCAUUUUUCUCUUUUCCGAUUUCUCUCCAUUUUCUUUUCUUUUUGUUCUCAUAAUAUGACUUUCGAUUCUUGGCGUUCGUGUUCUUGAUGGGAAAUACCGGAAAUACCGCAAUGAUCUGGGAUAUGGAACGCGGCAUGCUUGUAUGUACUUUGAUGAUUGGAUGGAUAUAAUGAUAGGAAAUGUAAAUGCACUGUC